AUGAAGCUCAUUAAAGGCACUGUGUUAUUAACAAUAACAUUAUUAAGCGCCCCCCUUCUGAUUCUAAUCUUCUUCCCCCAAAACAAAGUGAACCCAUCUUCUCCACAACCAAUACAGCGAAAUUCCUCUUCCUCCUCCAUGUCGAGAGCGCGAAGCUUUGUUCUAUGGCUUCACGGUCUGGGUGACUCUGGCCCAGCCAACGAACCCAUCAAAACCUUGUUCACUUCUCCCCAAUUCAGAGACACCAAAUGGUCCUUCCCUUCUGCCCCUUUCGCCCCUGUCACUUGCAACUAUGGUUCUGUAAUGCCUUCGUGGUUUGACAUUCUUGAGAUUCCUGUCACAGCUGAAUCUCCAAAUGACGAGAGUAGUUUACUUAAAGCUGUUCGAAAUGUGCAUGCUACUAUAGACAGGGAAAUAGCUGCUGGUGUAAACCCCAACAAUGUAUUUAUCUGUGGAUUCAGUCAAGGAGGUGCCUUAACCUUGGCUAGUGUUCUACUGUACCCUAAAACUUUAGGUGGUGGUGCAGUCUUUAGUGGUUGGGUUCCAUUCAAUUCGUCUAUUAUAGAACAAAUUACACCCGAGGCAAAGCAGACACCCAUACUAUGGUCCCAUGGACUGGUUGAUAGAACGGUAUUGUUUGAGGCCGGACAAGCAGGUCCUCCCUUCCUUGAAAAAAUUGGUGUUGGUUGUGAGUUUAAGGCUUAUCCAGGUAUUGCCCACUCCAUAAACGAUGAGGAGCUGCUGUAUCUCGAGUCAUGGAUCAAGGCACGCCUGCAGACUUCUUCCCAAUAG